AUGGAUUCGUUACUACUUUCGGAAGAAAUUAAUCAAUUGAAGAAGUUGCGUGAACACUAUGAAUAUCAAUUGAAAUUAGCGGGUCUGGAAAUGUGUGACCUCGACGAUAACCUACAUUUAUUGCUGGAUGAUUGUGUGGAGUUGCAACGCGUUACCAAUAUACAAGAUUUGACGCUAUUGAAUCUGAAGUCCUUUUACUAUAAAAAGAAAAAGGAACACAUUGAAAACGAUGUAAUAAUUGCAAAAUUGAAAAACGAAAUCCGAAAACAGCAAGAAGAACUGGAAAAGGAACAGGCGGAAUGUAAUCUUUUGGAAAAAUUUACCACCUCGAUUAAUAAACGCUUGGUGUCAGAGGCACAAAUGCAAACAGCUAAAAUGGAUAUUGAGGCAAAUAUGCAAAGUCUUCAAGAUCGUUUGGAUGCAUUGGCCAUACCAGAAGAUUUCAAUAUUGAUGAAUUAAUCAAAAAAGUUAAUUUGUUGCGAAAGGAUAAGACUAAGGAAAAAUGA